CUCUGUGCCCCACGCCAGGACUUGGGUGGGCACAGAAGCGCCGACCCCACUCCCCACUUCGGUCCUCACCUCUCAGCGUUUCCUUCCUCACCCUCUUCCCAAAAUCCCCCCUAAAUCCCCUUCUGGAGGGGGUGAGGUGGGGCACAGGCAGGGCACGGGGGGGUUUAUGGGGGUCCCCAGUGCCCAAAUCCCUGCGGGAUGGAGAGAUUGAAGGGAUGGAGGAGAUGGAGGGCGGCAAUGAGGAUGGGGGCUCUGUUUCCCCCUGGCCCCAUCCCGGCGCUCGCAGGUCCGCAGGAGCACAGACCCGACCUCCAGCCGGCACUUCCCUCCCCAUCCUCCCCCAAAAACCGCCCCGAGCCCCCGUCUCUAUCGCGCGGGGGGCCGGCGAGGCCGGGCUCGCCCCGUUUCGUAAGCGGGGGCCGGUGCUCGGGAACGCGUGCGCGGGGCGCGGGAUGAGUUCAGCCCCUUGGCUCCGUUCCCUGGAUCCCAUCCCUGGAAAUGUCACUGGAAACUCUGAAUGCGGCCCCGCUCCAGAGCGGGGAGCGCUGGGGGGGCAGCACCCCGGGGGUGCCGGGGCACACGGGGACCCAGCGCCGGGCAGGACGGAGCCUCCCGCCGCUCCCGGGGGAUAUUUCUGGGGGGCCAGCCCCCCGCGAUGCGCUGAGACCUUCCCCGCUCCUUCUCCCGGCCAAGUUCCUGCCGUGGGUUUUUCCUCUCCGCUCGCAGCUCCGUCCCGCUCGCCCCGGGGCUGCUCCCCAAAACCCCGGCGCUUCCCGGGGACCCCGUUGGCACCGCCCAGGAGCCCCCGGGCACCAUCCCCGGUGCCCCCGGGCAUGGCGGGCCGGCUCCUGCCCCCCGAGCCCAGCCCGGCCACGGCAGUGGGGGACGUUCCCCCCCUCCACCCACCUCUGCAGGUGUCCCCGCAGCGCACUGUGACACGGGUGCCCGUCAUCCGCCACCGCGGCUCCAACACCCUCAACUUCCACUUCCAUGACCCGGAGAACAGCCAGGGAGCUCCCGAGAGCUCAGUGAACGAGUGGUACCAGACCUGGCCAGCCAAGGAGGCGAAAGCCCCCAGCACCCCGAUGCCCACCCACCCCUCACCCAGCCCCAGGGCUGCCCCCGCGUGCCCCCCGGGCUGCUCGGCCACCUGGACCAAGGACAGCAAGCGGCGGGAGAGGCGCUGGGUGAAGUACGAUGGCAUCGGGCCCGUGGACGAGACGGGGAUGCCCCUCGCCUCACGCUCGAGCGUCGACAGCCCCCGAGACUGGUACCGCAGCAUGUUCCGGCAGAUCCACCGCAAGCUGCCAGAGCCCGACUGGGACACCCAUUCCUGCCCCGCCACGGCGCCUCCGUCGCCCCCCAAGCCGCGGAGGAGGGGCUCGGCCCCAGCGGAGCCCCCCGGGAUGCCCAACGGGACGGACUGGACCCGCUGGGGUGCCGGCGGUGCCACCGCCGAGCCUGGCAGCAUUUUCGACUACGAACCAGGGAAUUUGUCCCCGCGGGAGCAGAGCCCGGCGGCAGCGCGGCCCGAGCGGGCUCGGUCCAUCGAGGUGCUGCUGGAGCAGGAGCUGGAGCAGCUCAGCCACGAGCUGGACAAGGACAUGAGGGACAUGGAGACGCGCCGGGACCCCCGCCAGAGCCCGGCGGCUGCUCCCACCGCUCGCUCCCCUGCUCCGGCCUCCCCGGCUGCUCGGAGCCCCCUGUCCCCCCACCGGCUGUGGAGCCCCCCUGUCACCCCCAGCAUGGAGCGGGGUGGGCUGGGGCUGGCCAGUGACCGGAGCCCUGGCAGAGACACCCUCAGGCCGGGGACCCUCCCCAGCCUGUCAGACCUGGGGGACCCCGUGGAGGCCGUCAAGAGGGAGGAGAAAAAGAUGAAAGCUGCUCGCCUCAAGUUCAACUUCCAAGCCGAGUCUCCCAAGGAGCUGACGCUGCAGAAGGGCGACAUCGUCUACAUCCACAAGGAGGUGGACAGGAACUGGCUGGAGGGGGAGCACCACGGCCGCGUGGGCAUCUUCCCCUCCAACUACGUGGAGAUCCUGCCCCCCACGGAGGUGCCCAAGCCCAUCAAGGCUCCCACGCUCCAGGUGCUGGAAUACGGCGAGGCGCUGGCGCUCUACAACUUCCGAGGCGAUCUGCACGUGGAGCUCUCCUUUCGUAAGGGCGAGCGGAUCUGCCUGGUGCGGCGGGUGAACGAGAACUGGUACGAGGGGCGGAUCUCGGGCACCAGCCGCCAGGGCAUCUUCCCCGCCACCUACGUGCAGGUGCUGAAGGAGCCGCGGGUCAAAAGCACCGCCGAGGACAUCCCCGCCUCUCCCGGCCCCGCCGCCGGCUCCCCGUCCCCGCAGCGCUCUCCCGGUCCCCGCACCCCCCAGGCUCCCUCCGGCCCGUCCUCCCCGCGCCACCCCGGUGCCACCUUCCCCCCGUCCCCAAAGCUGCCCCACGCUGGCACCCCCAGCCCCUUGGUGGCUCCUGCCAGCCCCCCACACUCUGCGGUCGCCCACCCCCGAGAGCCCUGGCGUCCCGCCUGGACCCCCGAGCAGCGCCCGAGCCCCGCGGCACAAAGCAGCGCCCGCCCCGAGCCCGCCCCGUCCCACAACGGCUCCGAAAUCCGCUGGACCCCGUACCGGGCGCUCUACCAGUACCGGCCCCAAAACGCCGACGAGCUGGAGCUGCUGGAAGGGGACCGGGUGGAUGUCAUGCAGCAAUGCGACGACGGCUGGUUCGUGGGAGUGUCCAGGAGGACGCAGAAAUUCGGCACUUUCCCCGGGAAUUACGUGGCGCCGGUGUGACCCGCGGCCACGGGGGACCCCGGGGGCAGGAGUGGGGCCGGGGGCUUUCCCUGUGUCCCCGCCGUGUCCCCCCACGGGGGUGAAGCGCCCCCAGCUCCUCCCGCCCCUAUGGGGCUGCUUCUAACAGGGACAAA